AUGAUGGUGUCUACAGUAUUCUCCUCCUCCUAUCCGAGGACAUUUCUGUGUGUUGUCUACCCUCUGUUCUCUCUCCUCCUCCUCAUUCAAUCGAUUGAUGCUCAAGAUCCGAAGCUGGGCGAAUUGGAGGGAAGGGUCAAGAAGCUCGAGGAGGAGUCGGGGCAUGGGUUCCUCUCCCUGAUGGUGUUCAUUCUAACAGCUGGAAUGAUUGUGUUAUGCGUUGUGGCUGUCGGCAUUGGCAUCAUUGUUUACCAAGUGUGGCAGAGCAGCAAGGGUCUCGUGCUGCAAUACAACGAAUUGAAGGGCCAAGGGCUGUCCGUAUCGAAGAUCCAAGCCGUCGUCGCCAGCUCACCACUGGCCAAAUCGGGCGAGGGAGGGGAAACGAAAGAGAAGUCGGUGAUCGCC